UAAUACGGUGGUUAAAAUGAAGUUACUCAACAUUCCACCGGAUGUGACGCUCAUCAGCGAUGAAAUGUCCAUCGGUGACGUUAUCCAGGAUAUCAUUCGGAUGGGUCCGCAUGAAGAUCCGCUUCAUGUGCUUGAUUUGGACGAUGUCGUCCGCAAGCACUACGGCUGGUGUGCGAAGAUGCCACGCGUGAAGCCGUACUACGCGGUCAAGUGCAACGACGAUCCUCGCAUCCUGCAAACGCUGAUGACGCUCGGGACGGGCUUCGACUGUGCGUCCAAGGGUGAGAUGGAACGCAUGAUCGGGCUAGGUGUGAAGCCGGAAAACAUUAUCUUUGCGCAGACGGCGAAAUCUAUUCCAUCGCUGUUAUUUGCACGCUCGAAAAAGGUGUCAAUGAUGACGUUUGAUGGAGCAGUAGAGCUGGAAAAGAUCCAUCAGUACUAUCCCGAGGCACGACUGGUGUUGCGUAUGCGCCAUGAUUCGCUCCAGGUACGAUGUAGGAUGGGUAAGAAGUUUGGGUGUGAUCCGAUCUUGGAAGCUCCAGAGCUGCUGCGUUAUGCGGCAACACUUCGAAUGAAUGUGAUCGGUAUCAGCUUCCACGUGGGCUCGGACUGUGACGAGCAUCAGGUGUACUACGACGCGGUGAAGAUUGCAAAGGACCUGUUCGAUUAUGCGAAGACAAUUGGAUACGAUUUCAGCUUGCUGGACAUUGGCGGUGGAUUCCCGGGCGAUAAUAACAAACCGAUUGAUCGAUAUGCAAAAGCAGUGAACGUGGCAAUAGAUCACUACUUCCCGGCGGAGUUGGACAUUCGCAUCAUUGCUGAACCGGGUCGUUACUACGUCGCGUCGGCAGUGACGCUGGUAUCGUUUGUGGACUCGAAGCGUGUGGUGAAGGAGAAGCAGGAGGAUGGCACUGAGAAAACGCGGAUGUAUUACUAUCUGAAUGACGGUGUGUUUGGAACGUUCUACUGUACUGCUCUAGAAGGACAGAAAGUUGUCCCAGUUGUUGAUGGUAAAAAUAAUGAACAGAUGUACGAUUCAGUAUUCUGGGGACCAACGUGCCAUGUGCGGGAUAAAAUUGCUGUAGAACAAUUCCCAGAUUUGGACGUGGGAGAUAGCGUAGUGUUCAAAAAUGUGGGAGCCUACGCAGUGGUGCUUGCCAAUGGGUUUAACGGAUUCGCUUUGCCAACAGUUAAUGCAUAUCUUCGCGAAACUACUUGGGAAAAACUGAAGGCUCUAACAAAUAGUGAUGCUGAAGUUGUCCAUGAUGGUUCUAAUACAGCCAAUAGACAGCUAGGUGCUUAUGAACAACAUCCAUUUCGUGAUGAAUGCGGCUAUCGCAUUCGAUUGUACUCCAACGAUCAUCCAUUUUGA